AAAUUCAAGUCAGUUGAUUAUGUUCGUUUGGUGAGUAAUGAUCUCUGUGCGGUGCGCGUUAAUUGUGGCGAGAAAGGAAAGGCGGUAACGUAGUCUCACUCGGCGAUUCGUCGUUUCCUCGAUCACGAGGACCGAUGUACGAAGUGACCGUCGCGCGACGGUAAAGAGAUUUACAAUCGCAAUACAUGUUACGAGACGAAGAAAAGUGUACUUUUACAUCGGAUAAACAAACAUUCGACGCGAUGCCGGAUGCAUAUGAGAACUUUAAUAUGGCGAUGUUGAUGGGCAACAUUAUCGCAGAUAACGAUGUAGAGCCAUACCUUACGUACAACGAUUUUGCACAAGUACCUAAUACGAAUGUAUUGAGUCCAUACAGCAGUUCUGGAUCUCAGGGAAAUAUGACUGCAUCUCCCAUGUCGUUAUCCUCGUCUCCUCAACAUUUAGAGGAUUAUAUUACUUUUAACAAUAGUUCAUGUAGAUAUGAAGCAAUUGGUGAACCAUACAUUGAGAUUUUGGUGCAACCAGUGGAGAAAUUCAGAUUUCGAUAUAAAUCUGAAAUGGUUGCUACACAUGGAACUUUGUUGGGUGUACCAAAUGGAAAUUCACGAAAAAAAUCUGCACCUACAGUCAAAUUACAUAAUUUUCCAGACAAAGCGAUAAUACGAUGCACAUUGGUUACAUCCGAUGAUGAACUUAGAAUACCUCACGCUCAUAGAUUAGUGAGGCGUGAUGAUGUUUUGACAGAUCAAGAUGAACCACAUGACAUAGAAGUUUCGUCGCAAAACAACUUUACAGCCACAUUUACUAGUAUGGGUAUAAUACACACCGCGAGGAAGUAUAUCAAAGAUGAACUAGUAAAAAAAAUGCGCAAUAAGCUUUUGGAGGAACGCAGACGUGCUAAUAUAAAUGCUAUUAGCAUUCGAGAUGACGCAGAAAUUAAAUCUAAUGCAGAGAUUUAUCAAAAGUCGAUGAAUUUGAAUAGCGUCACUCUCUGCUUCCAAGCGUAUAUUCCAGAUCCUCAUAAUGUUAUAAGAUUUAUCACAGCAUCGGUUUAUAGCAAUCCAAUCAAUAAUUUGAAAAGUGCAUUGACUGGAGAGCUAAAAAUAUGCAGAAUUGACAAGUUUUCUAGCAGUUGCGUAGGUGGCGAAGAGGUGUUUAUGUUUGUAGAAAAAGUCGGCAAAAAAAAUAUAAAAAUAAGAUUUUUUGAACUGAACGAGGAUGAUAUCGAAGUUUGGCACGAUUACGGCCGUUUUUCGGAACUAGAUGUCCAUCAUCAGUAUGCCAUUGUAUUUCGAACUCCACCAUACAAAGAUCAGAAUAUUACUUCUCCGAGAGAAGUUUUCAUACAGUUGGAACGUCCUUCGGAUUCAGAUUGCUCUGAACCAGUCAAAUUCAUGUAUAAUCCUAGCGAUCGGAUGAUGGUUCCAGGUAGAAAAAGGACGCGAAUCUCUCAUUCCAAUAGCACCGAGUUAACACAAAUGAUUGUUAAUCACAAUAUGAAUCCGACAUCGGAUGUGCCUAUGACUUCCAAUGAAAGCACUGAAAUUUCUACAGAAAUAAGAAAGAUGCUGGACAAUGAUAGAUGUUCUUCUAGUGAAUUCCGCGAUUUUCUUGCGAAUAUAGACUUUGAAAAGUAUACAAAUUUAUGGUCUAAUAGCGAGGAAAAUAAAUUAACUUACGACGGACCAUCAAGAAAGCAAGAAAACGACAAAGCGUUUUCCAGAAAUAUUAUUAUUGACACCUUGAAACUAAUCAAAGCAGAGCAAGAUAAAGAAAAACAAAAGGAAAUCAUCAAAAACUCGCUCAAAGAUAGAUCAACCUACGGGGAUUCGCCACUUCAUUCUGCUCUCCGGCAUGAACAAAAGAAUAUUGCUAAGUAUAUCUUGAUGCUUAUGAGCACUCUUCCAAAUUAUAAAGAUCUGGUAAACACUCAGAACAGCUCGGGAAAGACACCGUUACAUUAUGCUGUUACGCAAAGUCAAUCGGAUAUUAUCAAAGUAUUACUUCUGCUGGGUGCAGAUUUGAAUCUUUCCGACAAUUGCGGACAAAUGCCACUGCACUGUGCUGUGAAAUUUCAAGAAACAGGAGAGUGCGUUGAUACUUUGCUCAGUGCAAAAGAUAUCAACAUAGAAGCUCACACAGAUUUAGGAUGGACACCUUUACAUUUGGCUGCCGAAGCGGGCUCGUAUCAUGCAGUGCGAUCUCUUAUUAGAGCAGGUGCAGAUGUAAAUAGUGCCGAUAUGUCGUACGGGAGAACUGUUUUACAUAUAGCGGUCGAAGGAGGACACAGGGAUAUAGUUGAAUUUUUGUUAAAAAAUACCAAAAUAAAUGUAAACCAGAGGAACUUAGGUGGAAAUACGGCGUUGCAUAAUGCAGUCGUUACACCGGGGGCGAAAGCCAAAGAGAUCUGUUCUCUUCUGAUAAGAUAUGGUGCCAAUCCACAUAUAAAGAAUAAUAAUCGUGAGUCAGAAGAAGAAACGGCAGUUGCACCAGUUAUAAAACGUGAAGUGGAUUCCGAAGAUGAAAACAUGGAAGGAUUCUCUGGGCAGUCUUCUUUUGAUUUGGCAUCAAACAAUCCAGAUAUGUUAAAUCUUGUAUCUAGUAAGCAUGACGCAUUGUUGAAUGCAGUUGAUGAAAUUAAAGAAGAAGAAGAAGAUAAUGACGAGACGCAACAGAAAAUUUGGCUAGAUAGAGAACAAGAAAAGCAAUUAUCAGCUAUUCUAGAUAGGACGGAGGGAUGGAAGAAAUUGGCUGACUAUUUCAACUAUAAAUAUUUAAUGAAGACCUUUCAGCAAAGUUCGUCCAGUCCAACAUUACUUCUCCUGAAUUAUAUCACUAUACAAAGCGAUACGUCUCUUGAGCAACUGAAAAGUAUACUACACAAUAUAGGCGAAGAGGAAGGUUCUAUGUAUAUGAACGAAGUUUUAUCUAAAACAUUCAUGAAACGCGUGCUUUCAUCGUUCCGCUGUUAGGAAUCUGUGGAAGCCUAGUUUGGACAGAUCUAUACUGACAUAACGACCAUAAAGGAUCAACUCUGCUACUGCGCGU